GCGGGGCGUCCCAGGCCCUCUCAGCGCCGAAGUCUCGCGCCCGUCGCGCACCUUCUACCAUGAGGAAGGGGGCGGGGCCCGCGAUCCUGCGACUCCCAGGCUUAGUUCUUCCGGCUCUGCGAGGGAAUUGAUGUGGUGGGAUCUGGGCUGGGAGUGGGGGUGGGGGUCUCCAGUUGCAGCUCCCGCCGACUGAGCGCCCAUUUAGCUGGUUGUACUCAUUCAUUCCCUUGGCGAUGAUAGGCGCCCCCGGUGGGCCGGCCUUUUGCAGAGACAGCUUCUUAAGACCCUGAAUACGAUCUCCCCAGACUUCCUUGGCAGUGGUGCAGAAAUGGGCUUUAUUUGCCUUGCCUUCUCCACGAGAGAAAGGUGGUAGUUGGGUGAGUUGGGAUUUUGCUAGUUUUUAAGAUAAUAUUUGAGAAUUAGGGUCGGUUCAGUGGAGUAAAAGGUUUUUCUCUGUUUUCCCAUGUAAACCGUGUAAAGCCAGAUGAGAGAAAGAUUGGGUUUUUGAAUUACUGUAGUAAUGAGGACCUUAGAAAUUAUUUGAGCCAGUCCCCUUCCCUGCAUCCCGUGCAAGUUCUAUAGAUGGAGAAACCGAGGCUUGGAGAAAGGACGGGAUUAAGUCAGAUGUCUUGAUUCAGUCUAGAAAUUUUUUACCACACCACCCUCCUAGGGGGCCCCAGUUUUUCAUUAUUGAGGAUUCUGGGGGUGGGGACGGUAGACAUUCUGUAGUUAGUAGACGUAGUCUUAAAUAGCGUUUUGGAUUUGGGUGCUACUAGCUCUCUCCAGAAUAAGGGAGAAGCUGCAUUAGUGGUACCCUUGCCUAGACUGAUAGAACUAAACUCAAAAGUUGGUUACAGAACGUUAGUGGUGUUAUGUAUUGGAAACGAAUUGAUAAAACUGCAAGUCAUUGGCUAGUUUCCUGUUCUAGAUCUGAAAUUUUGACCUGCGUUAGCGGCUGUGGAUUCAGAAGAAGAGUCCAGUUAGUGACCCACAACAGUAUUGGAAUCGAUAGCAAGAAAUAUAGGCAAGACUUAGAAAGCUAGGCAGCGGUCACUUUGUAAUUCUAGUGCCUUGGAACUCCAUGGUUCCUCUUUGGCGCAAAAUUCAAAAUAAAGUACUUUAAUAGAAUAAGAUGAGGGAAUUAAACCCCGAUUUGGAGGAAGAAACUAACUGCAAGAAAAGAAAAGAACAAUGAUUAUCCCGUUGGCAGUCUUAUAAAUUCAGAAAGAAACAUUUGUGAACUGGAUGACAGAUGCUUUCUGAAGCAAGGACUCAUUUUGAGGAUGUUUAAUAAAUCGUUUGGAACACCCUUUGGGGGUGGCACAGGAGGCUUUGGCACCACUUCAACAUUUGGGCAGAAUACUGGCUUUGGCACUACUACUGGAGGGGCAUUUGGAACAUCUGCAUUUGGUUCUAGCAACAAUACUGGAGGCCUGUUUGGAAAUUCACAGACCAAACCAGGAGGAUUAUUUGGUACCAAUUCAUUUAGCCAGCCAGCUACUUCCACAAGCACUGGUUUUGGGUUUGGCACAUCAACAGGAACAUCAAAUAGCUUGUUUGGGACUGCAAGCACGGGAACCGGUCUCUUCUCAUCCCAGAAUAAUGCCUUUGCACAAAAUAAACCAAGUGGCUUUGGGAAUUUUGGAACAAGUACUAGCAGUGGAGGGCUCUUUGGAACUACAAAUACCACCUCUAACCCUUUUGGUAGCACAUCUGGCUCCCUUUUUGGGCCAAGUAGUUUUACAGCUGCGCCUACUGGGACUACCAUUAAAUUCAACCCUCCAACUGGUACAGAUACUAUGGUCAAAGCUGGAGUUAGCACUAACAUCAGCACCAAGCACCAGUGUAUUACUGCUAUGAAAGAAUAUGAAUGCAAGUCACUAGAGGAACUUCGUUUAGAGGAUUAUCAGGCUAACCGGAAAGGUCCUCAGAACCAGGUGGGAGCAGGUACCACGACUGGCUUGUUUGGGUCUUCUUCGGCCACCUCCAGCGCUACAGGACUCUUUAGCUCCUCUACCACUAAUUCAGGUUUUGCAUAUCAGAACAAAACUGCCUUUGGAACUAGUACAACUGGAUUUGGAACAAACCCAGGUGGUCUCUUUGGCCAACAGAAUCAGCAGACCACCAGCCUCUUUAGCAAACCAUUUGCCCAGCCCACAACCACCCAGAACACUGGCUUUUCCUUUGGUAAUACCAGCACUCUGGGACAGCCAAGCACUAACACCAUGGGUUUAUUUGGAGUAACCCAAGCCUCACAGCCUGGAGGUCUUUUUGGGACAGCUACAAACACCAGCACUGGGACAGCAUUUGGAACGGGAACAGGUCUCUUUGGGCAGCCCAAUACUGGAUUUGGUGCUGUUGGUUCGACCCUGUUUGGCAAUAACAAGCUUACUACAUUUGGAACCAGCACAACCAGUGCUCCUUCAUUUGGUACAACCAGUGGCGGGCUCUUUGGUAACAAACCAACCCUGACUUUAGGAACCAAUACAAACACUUCCAAUUUUGGUUUUGGCACGAAUACUAGUGGAAGUAGCAUUUUUGGAAAUAAACCAGCAACUGGGACUCUGGGAACUGGACUUGGAGCAGGAUUUGGAACAGCUCUUGGUGCUGGACAGGCAUCUUUGUUUGGGAACAACCAACCUAAGAUCGGAGGGCCUCUGGGUACAGGAGCCUUUGGGGGCCCUGGAUUUAAUACUACAACAGCCACUUUGGGUUUUGGAGCCCCUCAGGUCCCAGUAGCUUUGACAGAUCCAAAUGCUUCUGCUGCCCAGCAGGCUGUCCUCCAACAGCACAUCAAUAAUCUAACAUACUCACCUUUUGGAGACUCCCCUCUUUUCCGGAAUCCCAUGUCAGACCCUAAGAAGAAAGAAGAGAGAUUGAAGCCAACAAAUCCAGCAGCCCAGAAGGCUCUCACUACACCUACUCAUUAUAAACUUACACCCCGCCCUGCCACCAGAGUCCGGCCAAAGGCUUUACAGUCAACAGGCACAGCCAAGUCACAUCUCUUUGAUGGGCUUGAUGAUGAUGAACCUUCCCUAGCCAAUGGAGCUUUCAUGCCCAAGAAGAGCAUUAAGAAGUUGGUUUUGAAGAACCUUAAUAAUAGCAGUCUCUUUUCUCCUGUUAAUCGUGAUGCCGAAGAUCUAGCUUCACCAUCUGAUUAUCCAGAAAAUGGAGAGAGAUUCAGUUUCCUGAGCAAACGUGUUGAUGAGAACCAUCAGCAGGAUGGAGAUGAUGAUUCUCUUGUGUCACGUUUUUAUACUAACCCUAUUGCCAAACCCAUCCCUCAAACCCCAGAGAGUGCUGGAAAUAAACACAACAGCAGUAGCAGUGUGGAUGAUACCAUUGUUGCAUUAAACAUGCGUGUUGCCUUGCGAAAUGGUCUAGAAGGAAGCAGUGAAGAGACCUCUUUCCAUGAUGAGUCACUGCAAGAUGAUCGAGAAGAAGUAGAAAAUAAUACUUACCACAUGCAUCCGGCAGGUAUUGUUCUUACUAAGGUUGGUUACUAUACUAUUCCAUCUAUGGAUGAUCUUGCUAAAAUUACCAAUGAGAAAGGGGAGUGCAUUGUAUCUGACUUCACUAUUGGUCGUAAAGGUUAUGGUUCAAUAUAUUUUGAAGGAGAUGUGAAUUUGACAAAUCUGAAUUUGGAUGAUAUUGUACAUAUUCGAAGGAAAGAAGUGAUUGUCUACUUAGAUGAUAGCCAAAAACCACCUGUGGGUGAAGGACUAAAUAGGAAAGCUGAAGUUACAUUGGAUGGAGUUUGGCCAACAGAUAAAACAUCUCGUUGUUUAAUAAAGAGUCCAGAUCGACUUGCUGAUAUCAACUAUGAGGGGAGACUGGAAGAGGUUUCAAGGAAACAGGGAGCUCGGUUCAAAGAAUAUCGGCCUGAAACUGGUUCUUGGGUGUUUAAGGUCUCCCAUUUUUCUAAGUAUGGUCUUCAGGAUUCUGAUGAAGAGGAGGAGGAGCGCCCAUCCAAAACUAGUACAAAGAAGUUGAAGACUGCCCCUGUGCCUCCUGCAGGCCAGACUACCCCAUUCCAGAUGGCUCUUAAUGGCAAACCAGCACCUCCACCCCAGAGCCAAAGCCCAGAAGUGGAGCAGUUAGGGAGGGUUGUGGAGCUGGACAGUGACAUGGUAGAUAUCACCCAGGAGCCAGUUUUGGAUUCCAUGUUAGAAGAGAGCAUGCCUGAGGAUCAGGAACCUGUGUCAGCCUCAAUACACAUUGCAUCUUCGUUGGGAAUUAAUCCACACGUUUUACAGAUCAUGAAAGCAUCAUUGCUUACUGAUGAAGAAGAUGUAGAUAUGGCCCUGGAUCAACACUUCAGCCACCUUCCUUCCAAAGCAGAUACUUCUCAAGAAAUCUGUUCUCCCAGACUCCCGAUUUCAGCGUCCCACUCAUCGAAACCCCGUUCAUUAGUUGGUGGUUUACUACAAUCAAAAUUUACAAGUGGAGCUUUUCUUUCACCAAGUGCCUCUGUGCAAGAAUGUCGUACUCCUAGAGCAUCAUCUCUAAUGAAUAUUCCAUCCACAUCCCCUUGGUCUGUCCCUCCACCCCUGACCUCUGUGUUUACAGUGCCCAGCCCAGCCCCUGAGGUUCUGUUGAAAACAGUGGGUACACGCAGGCAGCCAGGCCUAGUCCCUCUUGAAAAGUCUGUCACGUAUGGCAAGGGGAAACUCUUGAUGGACAUGGCCCUAUUUAUGGGACGCUCGUUUCGUGUUGGUUGGGGCCCCAACUGGACUCUUGCUAAUAGUGGAGAACAGCUGAGUGGCUCCCAUGAACUGGAAAAUCAUCAGAUUGCUGAUUCUAUGGAAUAUGGAUUCCUGCCCAAUCCAGUAGCUGUUAAAUCUCUAACUGAGUCCCCAUUCAAGGUUCAUUUGGAAAAACUCAGUUUGAGACAAAGGAAGCUGGAUGAGGACCUGCAAUUAUACCAGACACCUCUAGAGCUCAAAUUAAAACAUAGCACCAUCCACGUGGAUGAGCUGUGUCCUCUCAUUGUCCCCAAUCCGGGAGUUGCUGUCAUUCAUGACUAUGCAGAUUGGUCUAAAGAAGCAUCAGGAGACUUAAUGGAAGCACAGAUUGUGAAGCACUGGAGCCUGACCUGGACAUUAUGUGAAGCCCUUUGGGGCCACCUGAAGGAGCUUGAAAGCCAGCUGGACGAGCCCAGUGAAUACAUUCAGAUUCUGGAGCGUCGAAGAGCUUUCUCCCGCUGGCUCUCCCACACUGCUGCACCUCAAAUUGAGGAGGAAGUCUCCUUAACCCGGAAAGACAGUCCUGUGGAGGCUGUCUUCAGCUUCCUCACGGGCAAGAGGAUCAGUGAGGCCUGCUGUCUGGCCCAGCAGUCAGGUGAUCAUCGUCUUGCCCUUCUUUUGUCGCAGUUGGUGGGUAGCCAGUCAGUCCGGGAGCUGCUUACUAUGCAGUUGGCGGAUUGGCAUCAACUCCAGGCUGACUGCUUCAUCCAGGAUGAGAGACUGCGCAUCUUUGCCCUGUUGGCUGGAAAACCGGUGUGGCAGCUCUCAGAGCAAAAGCAAAUCAAUGUGUGCUCUCAGCUGGAUUGGAAACGGUCCCUGGCUGUCCAUCUUUGGUAUCUGCUUCCACCCACAGCCUCCAUUUCCAAAGCACUCAGCAUGUAUGAAGAAGCAUUUCAGAAUACCUCUGAGGGUGACAGAUAUGCCUGCUCCCCACUUCCUUCAUACCUGGAGGGCUCCGGCUGUAUAGCAGAAGAGGAGCAAGAUUCACGGAGACCACUUCGAGAUGUCUGCUUUCAUCUUCUAAAACUUUACAGUGACAGACAUUAUGACCUCAACCAGCUGCUGGAACCUCGAAGCAUAACAGCAGACCCCUUGGACUACCGCCUAAGCUGGCAUUUGUGGGAAGUGCUACGUGCUCUUAACUACACCCAUCUCUCAGAGCAGUGUGAGGGUGUGCUGCAGGCCAGCUAUGCUGGCCAACUGGAGAGCAAGGGCCUCUGGGAGUGGGCCAUCUUUGUCCUGCUGCACAUUGCCAACUCAAGCAUGCGUGAGAAGGCUGUCCGAGAGCUGCUUACCCGGCACUGCCAGCUAUCAGAGACCCCUGAAUCUUGGGCUAAGGAGACUUUCCUGACCCAGAAACUUUGUGUGCCUGCUGAGUGGAUUCAUGAGGCCAAAGCGGUACGAGCACACAUGGAAUCUGACAAGCACUUAGAGGCCCUCUAUUUAUUUAAAGCUGGGCACUGGAACUGCUGCCACAAACUCGUCAUCCGGCACUUAGCAUCUGAUGCCAUCAUUAAUGAGAACUAUGACUACCUGAAGGGGUUUUUGGAAGACCUGGCACCUCCAGAGCGCAGCAGCCUAAUUCAGGACUGGGAUACAUCUGGGCUUGUUUAUCUGGACUAUAUUCGGGUCAUUGAAAUGCUCCACCGUAUCCAGCAGGUGGAUUGCUCCGGUUAUGAGCUAGAGCAAUUACACACCAAAGUGACCUCACUGUGCAACCGGAUAGAGCAGAUCCAGUGUUACAAUGCCAAGGACCGCCUCGCUCAGUCAGACAUGGCCAAACGUAUAGCAAACCUGCUGCGGGUGGUACUGAGCCUCCAACAUGCCCCUGAUGCAACCUCCGACUCAACGCCAGACCCUCAGCGAGUUCCUUUGCGUCUGCUGGCUCCCCACAUCGGCAGGCUCCCCAUGCCUGAGGACUAUGCCUUGGAAGAACUGCGCAGUCUCACACAGUCCUACCUUCGGGAACUGACUGUUGGAAGCCAGGUAGAAGUGCAUGCCUGCCACGGAGGGAUCGAUCUUCAAGGCUUCUUUGUUCCUGCCCCAGAAUGUUCCAUGUCCACCAUACCUUCCUUACGUGCAGCAGCCCUUGAUCACAUAUCCCAUGUCUCUGGGAAGCCAAAGCACCCAGAACUCGGUUUGGUCCCUGGUUCUUAUCUUGCUAGUCCUCGUGUCUGGAUUUGACAGGUUGGGUAGCCCUCCCUGCCCCUCCCAGUGUAGCCCCAAAGCGUUUCCUGCCCUCCCAGAAGGUAAACCAUCACUGACGCAGGCAAGCAGCUGGGCUUUAGGGGUAGACAGAGGGCGUAUGCUUCACUGCUGCCAGCUAUGGGAAGCCCAGGUAAUGGCCUGAGACAGCUGGUGUUAGGGCUGUCACAUGGUCACCCCUGGGUCUUUAUGCAUGAAGAUUAUGUAAAGGUUUUUAUUAAAAAUAUAUAUAUAUAUAAAUAAAUAUAUAUAUAUAUAUAUAAAUAAAUGAUCUAGAUUAUUUUCCUCUUUUUCUGAAGCUACUUUCU